CCAUUAUCAUUUCUACACAUUGAUCUCUCUUUCUUUAUAUAAAACGCCGGCUAUUGGUUUUCAUAGAUUCGUUCCCCUCUAUUCUUUUGUCUACAUUUCAAACAAUUUGAUUGUUAUUUUUUCUCUUUAGAUUUUGAAUCGAAGAAAAUGGCAUUAGUUUCUUUCGUUGGAAGAGUUCUUUUCGCUUCAGUCUUCAUCCUUUCUGCUUGGCAAGAGUUCAAUGAAUUUGGUGUUGAUGGCGGGCCAGCAGCUAAGGCACUCAAGCCAAAGUUUAAUGUUUUUUCAAAGACUGUGACAUCUCAUACUGGAUUGGAAGUGCCAGAAUUUGAUAUUAAGUAUCUAGUUGCUGCCGGUGUAGCGUUCAAGAGUGUUGGGGGUCUCCUUUUUAUCUUUGGCAGCACUAUGGGAGCUUAUCUUCUGGCUCUGCAACAGGUCAUCAUUACUCCUAUUUUGUACGACUUCUACAACUACGACACAGAAAAGAAGGAAUUCGGCCUACUCUUUUCAAAGUUCUCACAGAACUUCGCUCUGCUUGGGGCGUUACUCUUCUUUAUUGGCAUGAAGAACACAUUGCCCUGGAGACAGCUCAAGAAAAAGGCUCUGAAAACCAAGACAGUUUGAAGGAGGAACAUCUGGUAAGCCAAGGGUCAAUCCGAUAUAUUUUUGUAUGCUUUGUAACAAUGCUUUGUUCUUCAGAAUUAGGGAAAGAAAGAGGGCAUAUUACGUUCACUUUGAUACUAUCAACUGCAAAGCUAAGUUCAUGUCGAUUUAAUUGAGUUUGAGGAAGAAUUUUGCUAUUUUGCUUUCAAUUCUAA